AUGCUGCCGCCGAUGAUGCUGUUGCGAUCAGUACUAAGCGCAGUUGUAGCAUUUUCGUUGCUCGCUGCUGGCCAAUCUCUUAAUGAACGCACUGAUUUGCCCGAGGGCGGUCAUCCUGUACUUCUCCCAGCUUCACAUCCUCAACUCAACAGACGAGACUUUGCACACAUCGAGCCAUCCAACGCAACCUCACUCUUUUUCUUGGAAGAUCGAGGGUCUUCAAUGAAGAAGAAUGUGAUUGCAGCGACCGUCACAGCUGCGACGCACUAUUCAAAUGUGCCUCUCGAUCACUCCGACCACGUCGAAUCGGUGUCAUGCUACAAACACUCUAUGACAAUCACAUUCCGAAACGAUUAUGCAUUUUUCCAUGCCCAAGAAAAAUGGUCGCAUAUGAGCAACGCUAUGAUCUUCAUCUCAGCCUCGCCCAGCUGUAGCCAUGAGUCUCCCGGACAGCAUGGAUUUUCCAAAUCAGCGCGAAUCACGUUCGAUCGACCGAACCUCAAGGCCCGCGUGCUCGGACAGCGGAACACCUUCACCGAAGCUGUACGCGAUUUCGACAUCUCGUUCGGUACAUUCGAGCAUGAACCAGACAGUCAAGAUGCGCUCCUCAAGCGCCAAACAACAAGCGAUCCUCGUGCAGGCGUUUAUGCGGAACCCUGCAAUGCUGUUCGUGUCAACACCGCUCCUUCUGGCAGUAAGUGUGGCAGCAAAGGAUGGAUGAAGAGUCCUGCUCUGCUGAACCCUCGGCAGAUAUUCUAUGCAAGUCCUUCUGAGAUGGCGUGCUCCAGGGAUUGUCUCAAAGAUGGCAAAUGCAAGUCGUUUUCAUACAACAAGUGGCUAAAGCUAUGCUCCUUAUACACCAAGUCACUAGCUGCGCAGGGCUAUACCUCUACAAAAAUCGGUCUGCAACUUUACUAUGACCGCGAUUGCUGGGGCUGUCAAGCCAGAGCGGUUAUUAUAUCGAGCUCCACAACAUCGCGGUCAACAACGAGAACAUUAUCUUCAAUGAGACCGAGUACUACCUCUUCAAGAACCGGCAACUCGGCAACGACGACGAGGACCUCAGGAUCUACAUCAUCUUCUCGAAGCUCCUCGAGAUCCUCCUCAACUAUCACGACUUGA